AAGUCUUUUGGCUCAAAGAACUGGCCUGAGGGGCACUAGGAACGUGGGGACGUUCAGGAAACAGCACGCUGAUGCCGCGCGGUCACGGAAGGAGGCGACGAAAAGAAGUCGACGAGACUUCCGUAGAGGCACAGGAGCGAGCACAACGUACUGUUAUAUUUUCGAAAACCAAGAUGUGUAAAUUCCACAUCCUUGGGGCAUGCACAAAGGGUGUCAGUUGCAAAUUUGCUCAUCAGAAAGAAGAGCUCCAAGAGCUUCCAGACUUGGCUUGCACUAAGCUUUGUGACGUGGCAAGCAGCAGUGGCUCUUGCGAUGAUCCCAACUGCCGUUAUGCACACAACCGGACUGAACUCAAGGAGAUACCUGGCCUGCCUUCGCCACUUUUGGACCAACUCCGCGAGACAGAGGCCAUGCACUUGGCCACAGCAGCAAAAGCUGCGGCCAAAGCUGCUGCAGAAAGCCAAGAUGUACAGCGGCAAAAGACAAAUGAACAGCUUCAUCAGCAGUUACGACAGCAGCUGACAUUGCUCGAGCAGGCAACCGGACCCAAACAACAACAACAGAAGGCUCAGGAGCCUUCCAGAGGCACUACCAUGCCCGGCAUUGCAUUGCAAGCGGUGCCCACCGCACUUCCGCCAGAAGUUGCUGCACAACUCUUUCCAAAUAUGCCAUUGGGAGGAGCUAUCCUGAGUCCAGCUACUCUUGAUGCUGGCUUCUUGAUCAAUUUGUCAAAUGUAGUGGCGGCGCAGGCACCUGCGCCAACUGCACCAUGGGCAGUGGCAGCAGCUCCUGGUCAGAUGCCAAAAAGGCAAGAUCCUCCGCAGCCAGCUGCCAAAGUGGCACCGAAGAAAGAGAGUAAACACAAGAAGGAGAAAGCUUCGCACAAGCAAGAAGCCGGCAGCAAGCUGAGCACGUUGCAAGGCAAGCGGGACAGCAACAGCACUGGCAAGGUGCUUUCCUUGGCAAGUGAGCUACCAAAGCCACAGACAGCCACCGACCCGCAAGCCUUCGCGACACAAGUGCAGCAGCACUUGCAGAUGCAGCUGCAGCAGCAACAAGAGAUCCAACGUCAGCUUCGGACGCAAUUGUCGACACAGCCUUCUCGCAGCGAGCCGGAUGCAGUUGCAGCUCCUGUUUCGCCUAAGCGCCGGGAGCAGAAGUCUUCUGCCACGCAGGAUCCAACUCCAGAAAAUGUAAGUCCUCACCGGGCUGAUGUGGACUCUGCCACGCCCACCACCUCCUACCCACGUAUCAACACAUGGAGCGGAGGACUCAAUGAAAUGGAGGAGGAGUUGCUUGAUGAUCCUGUGCUCGAGCUGGGCCCCUUGGAGAAGGUGGAGCAGUCGCCUCUGACCAUUGGGCUACAUGAAAACUUCCAGCAAAUCAUGCACCAGAUGGCCACUCAACCGCCUAUGGUUCCGCCACAAUUGAUUGCGGCUUCUAAGGAUGCACGAGGCCUUCACCGCGUACCAGAAGACAAGCGCUUGACAGGGAUGGGACGUCAGAUCAGCGAGUGCUCUGAGACAUCAGUUACCUCUACUGACGCACCUACGGAGAAGAGACUCCAGGACACUCCGCUACAACCUGCCAGACGCCGAUCCUCAGAUAGUGCGGGCUCUUCGCCCUUUUCAGCUGUUCACGAAGAGGAGGAGGAUGAAGCUGAGGAUGGGCCCACUGGCAAGGAGCUGACACCUGACCUGGAACCUAUCUCGCCAAACACAAAGCUCAAUCAAAACUAUGGGGCGAUUGUGAAAAAUACCUUCCUGGAACUCCCUUCCGACGAGGAAGAACCUCCAAGGCUCAGGACAGUACACACAGCUGCCGGCAGACUGGACAGCAUGGGAGGGAUGCCGUCCAACCCGUCCUUCGAAACUUUGAUGUGAAGCUAGGCAGAAUGGCCACUGCUCCAGAAGAAAUGUGAGUCUUGAGUCACGAUGCAGCAGCCAUUUCGUGAACCCAAGCUGUACGAGUCAAUAGUCGAAUUUUGGGCUGGGCACUUUCGCUUGGCUUGCGUAACUCGAGUCCAUUCCAAUGGACUGUUGGCAUGAGCCACGCUGCACCAAAUUGUUGGUGUUUCUUUGCGCGUGUGUGUUUGGCACGGCUGUGAUCUUGGUGCGAGUAUUUGGCACACAAGUCCGCGUGGCAGGUGUUACGGGGACAACUCAAAAGAUGUCAUA